AAAGUCACCUGUAGGGUGCGCCAUUGAGAAGCUGGUGACAUACAACAGUUCGUCCAUUUCGACCAAAGCAGGGAGAAGAACGGGCGCAUCCACUGAACAUAUCAUAGGAGUCCCUGAAAUUUCUGGCGCGAACGACCUUUACUGGCAGUCGAUAUUUUAAGGGAGUCCAUUAUGGAAAACCGAAGUGCCCCAAAAAGCCUCUUAGAAGGUGUACAGAUGUCCUCAUCGUGGGUCAAGGUCAACAGAGGUGGUCAAACUCAGAGGCCAGCUGGCAACAAAAGUGUUCGUGGACGUGGGGGUGGACCUGGUGGCCCUGCUGGUCCUGCUGGUCCUGGGGGGCGUGGACGGAUUCCACAUCUUCUUAAUAUUAGUCCAUACAAACCAUUUCAGAAGGCCCCGUAUCCCGUGAGAGAAGGUGAUUAUGCACAGGAAGACAACAGCUUUGAAGAGCUCUUUGGACAGCGUGCUGAUUAUUCUGGUGGAGACGAUUAUUAUGAACGUUAUCAGUAUCAAAGUGAAGAAUAUACAGAAGAUGAUCGUCGUGAGAAAUUGUAUCUCCAGUUCUACAAACAGAUUGAGAAAGAGUAUGAUAAAGAGAGACCUUCAGACUGUGUCAUCAUCUCAAUCAGCAAGCAGCAAGUGGAAUAUGCAAAAAUGAUAGGCCAUCGUUUGCAGGACCUUGGCCUUUCAGUGGAAAUGAUCUACCUUAACUCAGAGUCUGUUCUCACCCGUGCACUCCAAGAAGUAAAAAAUGAUGGUUCCUUAUUUUGUAUUCUCGUCGAGCAAUCAAAUGUAGCGCUUUCUUCUUGCACCGUAAUCAUACUUCAUGAGUCUAUCAAAAUACACCGCAAUAUGCCAACAGAGGAUGCCAUGUCCCUGAUAUCCAAGGAGUAUCGAAAAGUUCUCGCUGAGCGUGUAGAGCAAGAGAGAAAUGAGAUUGCUUGUAAGGCAGCUGAUUUAGCAGAUGAUUACUUGGAACGUGAAGCCUAUGAGGGUUACAAGGUGCCUUUAGGCAUGAGACAUCUUCUCUUCCUAAUGAGUGAAGGAAAAUACUUGUAUCCUGAAGAACUUGCUUCAAUAAGUGAGUUUGUGAAGACCAAGAUUGAUGAAGUUGAAGGUGCACAGGGUGCAAAGCCUCAGACCAAGCCACCACCUCUUUUUGCUACCACCGUCAACAAGCCUGGUCUUUUGGGUCCUGGACCCACUCCACCAAAACGCCCAUUGUUGGAUCGGCCACUGAUGGGAGACCGUCCUUUGAUGGGUGACAGACCUCUGAUGGGAGACCGUCCUUUGAUGGGUGACAGACCGCUGAUGGGAGACCGUCCUUUGAUGGGUGACAGACCACUGAUGGGGGAUAGACCGCUGAUGGGAGAUCGGCCCCUUAUGGGAGACCGUCCUAUGAUGGGUAUUCCUCCUGUCAGACCCCCUGCCCCAAUUCGUAUGGGAGGCAAGCCAAAGCCUUUGCUUGGCUGAAAUGAAAGGACCUUGAAUAAUGUAAAUGUGACAUACUGCAGUGAGGCUAUUUUUGUUUUUACUAUUUGUACAAUAGAAAAUUUCAGUUUUGUUAUCUGUAUAUUGUUUUAUAUUUUAACAGUUCACGUUUUUUCAUGUGUUUUGGUUCAUAAAGCUUGCCAUUUGAAAAUAAUGUAGAUUAAUGUUAAAUUUUUUAUCAUUCCUGUGUAAAUGCAGUCAGACGUUUCCAUUUAAGACUCUCGAACAGUAGCCUGUUUUCUAAAUUAACCAAAAGUUUAUGCCUUUUCGUGUACAUGAAUAAAAUUUUUUUCUGAGACUGAAUAGCUUGGUUGUUCCCUAAAUUAGGUCGUUCGUUUUUACCAUUUACCUCCAACUGCAAUAAAGUUUUUAUUUGGUA